AUGGAUGACCUCAAGACCCCUUACAACGAUGUCGAGUCGCCAGCUCCCAGUGUCAACACCCCGCCGAAGGUUGAGGAGGGCAUCAUUGAGGACUUUGUGACCCCUCGCUCUCUCACGCAUGCUAUCCGGAAGCUCACCCAGGCGGGCGUUGAGCUACGCAGCCUUGAGCCUGUGCCGCCAGAGCGACGGACUCACACCCGGUACUACAAUGUCAUGACCCUGUUCGGCGGGUCCUUCUUUUCGAUUCUUCCUCUCAGCAUUGGAACGACACCAACCCUCAUCUUCGGCCUGUCUUUCAGGGAUGCGGCCAUCAUGAUUACGACCAUGCAGCUCCUUUUCAUCCUUCCAACACUCUACAUCUUGACCAUGGCACCACAACUGGGCAUGCGCCAGUCCGUGCAGUUUCGAUACGUGUUUGGGAAAUAUCCAAAUGCCCUCAUCUCGCUUAUCGUCAUCCUCGAGAUUGGUAUCUUCGGCAUUCUUGCCGCAGUAGGCGGAGCAGAGUGCUUGUCCGCCGUCAGACCUGGCACACUCCCCGUGGAGGGAGCCAUCGGCAUCAUCAUGGCUGUUGCGCUUGUCAUCGGUUUCAUCGGCUACAGCGCUAUUCACUUUGUCUGCCAGUGGAUUUGGAUCCCUAACAUCAUCUGCCUGCUUGUGCUCGUUGGCUCGGCUGCUAGCCAAUUACAGAACCAAGCACCAGCAGCAUCCUCGGGAGCAGCGCCCUUCUUGGCCACGAUUUCAAUCUGCGCUGCAAACAUGGCGACUUGGGGAACCAUCAUCGGCGAUUACACUUGCUACAUGCCCGCUCACGCGCCCAAACUCAGACUGGUCGGCUACUGCCUGCUUGGUCUGUACGUCCCAUUUACGCUGAUGAUGAUCCUGGGUGCCGCCCUGGGUGGCGCCAUCCCCAUUGUGCCUGCCUGGUCCGCGGCUUAUGGGCAGGGCAGCCUUGGAGGUGUGCUUGGUGAGAUCUUGGUGUCCCGAGUUGGCAACUUUGGUCGCUUCUGUCUCGUUAUACUUGGCUUCUCCAUUGUCACGACCUCCGCACGAGACAUGUACAGCAUCUCUCUCUUCACCGUGGCAGUGAUUCCGUGGUUGAGACGGAUUCCCCGUAUCAUCAUCCUCAUUGUGGCAGCGGGUGCUAUGGUUGGGAUCGGGAUUGCAGCAUCAAGGUCAUUUCUGCCCGCAUUGAGCACGCUGGUCAGCAUCGCCGGCUACAUGACGGGCCCGACAGUGAGCGUUUUUCUGGUCGAGUGGUUUGUCUUCCGCAAAGCCGAUCCGCAAAGCUUCGACCCUGCCAUCUGGAACGAUCAUGCCGCACUACCGUCUGGUAUACCAGCAAUCUUCUCCACAGUUGCUCCUUGGGGAGUGAUUGUCCCUUCAAUGGCAACUGCUUGGUACGUGGGACCGAUCGCGGUACACACCGGGGACUUGGCUUGGGAGUUGGGUGCAGCGAGUUCAAGCCUGUUAUAUCUGCCGCUAAGGGCACUGGAGAUCAAGUUCAGGGGUCGCUUCUAA